UAGGAGAGUUCCAUACUCUUCUCUUUGUCAUACUCUUACUAUCCACACUAAUUGCGUGUUCCUUCCUUUCGAUUAGUGGUCUUUAUUGGUUGCUUAUUGGUUUCUUAAUUUUUGUUCCUUUUGAUCCAGCACUUAAGUUACAUAGUUUCAAUUGUGAUAUAUGGUUUCUAUUCUUUCCUCAGAUCUCUCUAAUUGUGCCUUAUUUUAUUUGUGUGUGUGUGUUUGUUUUUGCAGGCCUGCUUUAUCUCAUCCUCCACCUGCCCAAAGCAUCAAUGGUGCUGCUGUUGUGAAGCGUGCCAACUUCCCAGCUAUCAAAAGAACUAGGUCACCUCCUUCCCCUUCAGUCCAAGAUGAUGAUGAACGAGAAUUGCAAGCCAAAGCAAAGAGAAUGGCCCGUUUCAAGGUCGAACUAAGCCAACCAUUGCAAAGCACUCCUGGUAAUGGAAACCAGAAAUUCUCUACGAAUAGACCUGAUCGGACUAUGGGAAGGCAAAAAUUAAUGGAGGAACAUUCUGCCGAUAUGGUGGGGGAUCUCUCCAGUGGCAAUGCUUUAUCUGAUCUUGAAGCAGCAGAGUCAUCCAAUAUUAUAACUGGAUUAUGUCCUCAUAUGUGUCCAGAGCAAGAAAGAGCUGAAUGAGAGAGGAAAGGAGAUCUUGACCAGUAUGAACGCUUGGAAGGGGGCAGAAACCAGACCAAAAGGUGUUGGUUGUUAACAUAAAAUAAUAUAAAAUAUAGUUUUAUGUUUCAGAGCAAGAAAGAGCUGAAUGAGAGAGGAAAGGAGAUCUUGACCAGUAUUUAUAUUGUUGGUUGUUAACAUAAAAUAAAAUAAAAAGGUGUAAAAGGACUUGUGUCCAUCGAAGCAAAUCUUGGCGGGAAUCAUGUAAAGUUUGGUAACUCCACUAAGCAAACUAAUUAUUAAAAGUAUCAGGGUUGUAAAUUGCUUGUCUUGUGGAACACCCUAUACUUAUAUAGUUUCCAAUUUUAUAUUAUUUUUUAUAUUAGUCCAUAAUAUAUUUAAAAUUGCAUUAUAUUUCAUUUUUCUAAAAAAAAAAAUAAUAAUUACAAAAUCACCAUGUCCUGUUUAGAAAGAGUCCAGAACGUGUCUUUGUUGUGUUCAUGCCGUGUCCUAACGGUGUCUAAUCAGAAAAUAAAAUAUUCAAAAUUCAAGACAUUUUUAGCCACCCAAGUUCUA